UAAACGCAGCCGGUGAGGACGGCGGUAUACUGCUGUUACUUUCCUCUCUGCACAGCAGAAGAAGAAGAGAAGAAAGAGAAGAAGAAGAAGAAGUUAUUCGAGAUAAAGAUGUCGAUGAUGGAGAUGAUGCUGAUAUUGGUGAUGGUGAUGACGAUGAUGAUGCAUGUUGAUGCUAGCGACACGAAUCGGGCUUUUCAGCCAUGCUCGGACACGAAGAUACAGAGAUCGGACGGUUUCACUUUUGGGAUCGCUUUCGCUUCGAGGAGUUCGUUUUUCUACAAUAGUUCACAGCAGCUCUCUCCAUGCGAUAGACGCCUGGGUCUCUCAUCAUCAAGCUCUCAGCUCGCGGUUUUCAGGCCCAAGGUGGAUGAAAUUUCUCUGCUCACCAUCAACACCACAUCCAACUUCUUCCCGGAGAAUUAUGGCUACAUGGUUGCAUUUGCGGGGAGGAAAUAUGCAGCAAGAUCUCCCCCUGCUUUUGUUGCAAACAGUACCUAUAUGGUAACCAGCUUUACUCUGGUUCUCGAAUUUCAGAAGGGUAGGCUGCAGAACUUGUACUGGAAGAGAGAUGGAUGUGCUUCGUGCUCAGGAAAGUCUAAUUUUGUCUGCCUCAACAAACAAGACUGUGCAAUCGGAACGAAUAGUUGUAAAGGCCGAGGUGGGUCUGCAGAUUGCAGCUUAGGAAUACAGCUAGCCUUCUCAGGCACAGACAAGCAUGAAGCUGUGCUCAAUUCAUGGUAUGAAGUGAAAAAUCUUCGUCAGUAUUCCCUCUAUGGCCUGUAUUCAAACCUCAGGGAUUCUCUCACCAGCCAGUUCAACAACUUCUUCUAAUUGAAUUACAUUUUCUUCUUCAUUUGUCUUGUCUUCAUCCUCGUUGUAACGAUCAAUUUGUGUAAAUUCACACUUGUGAAUGUCAAUUCGUACUGUGAAGUAGCUUAAAGAAUGGCCAGGUUAAGACUCUGCAUGCAUACGAAA